AUGGUAGAGCCACUUCGUGUCUCCAUCCAUGCAUUCUCCAACUGGCCAGUGUCAUAUUUUCUCACCAAAAAGUCGCUGGGAAAAGAGCGUGUCCGCCACGAAUUGGUGUCAGUUCGUGCUGGUGCGUGUGCCUCCCAGUUCAUUCCGGAGAUCUUGGAAUUGGUGGAUCGAUCGAUGGCUCGGCGGCAGCGUGGCGCCUCGUUCACGGCGACUGGCCUGCUGGCGCUCGCCGUGGUGAGCGCGGCGAUCGCGGCGUCCUCGGCUCAGCCGCAGCAGCAGCCUCCUCAGCCGCCCGGUCAGCCGGCGAGCGCGCCGAGCUGCCCGCCGGUGCAGGCCUCGCUGUCGCCGUGCGUCAGCUACUUCAUUGGCAACUCGUCGACGCCGUCGGACGCGUGCUGCGAGCAGAUGCGGGCCAUGCUCCAGUCGCAGGCGCCUUGCCUCUGCGCCGCCGUGGCGUCGGCGCCGUCGUCCCCGCUCGCGCCGGUGCUCGGCGGGGUGCAGUCGCUGCUGCCCAGCGCCUGCAACCUGCCUCCCAACGCCUGCGCAGGGUCGACGGCCGGCUCUGCCUCUUCUCCGGCCGACGACUCGACGGCGCCGCCGUCCUCGGGGACAACAACUGCCGCCGCGCCGGAGCCCGCUGGCACGGACCCGGCGGCGAUGCCUGCCGGUGGUGGAUCCAAGUCAGUGCCGACUAUGCCGUACUCGGCUGCCACGGGAGGCCACGGUGAUGGUGGCGACGCCAUAGCCGCUGCCGUCUUGAUCUCCUCGCUGCUUGCUUGUGCUUAUAUGAUCUGAGACGAUACGUUGAUUUGGUUUUGAGCAAUUUUAUCGUCCUUAAGAAAGUAUCAGGAGGUACCACUGUAAUAUAAAAUUUAGUAUAUCCUAGUACUUUAGAUAUUUAAGAAGAUACUAAAUUUUACGUAGAAAACAGUGGUAUCUCAUGAUACGUAGGAUAGGAAAAAUGCUCUUUGGUUCUAUGUACACACGUAAAUUGUGAGUUGUGUUCCUAUAUGGGCAUGUGGCUCAGUAGAUUUAUAGGAUUGUUGUUAGCUUAGUUUUCAGGUUAAGAGACUUAUACGAGUUAUUAUGAACCAAUUUGUAUUUGUUUGUGUGAAACUGAUGUAUAACGACAAUAUUAUUAU